AUGCCUCCCGUGACCUCGUCUAUCACUUCGGCAUGGCGCUCGUUCUGGCAUACUAUGACCUCUAAUGACCGACAUGCCUCCCACGACUCCCCUUAUCGCACCGGUCAACAUGUGCCUCUCAGCCAGAGUCGCCAUGCUCCCCUGACCUCCGUUGUCACCAGUGCCGCCGAAUCUCACCCGGACCUGACCACCCCCUUUGAGGAAGAAGAGAACCACAAAGGCUCCUUGAGUUCCAACUCCAAUGGCUGGCCUGGCUCUCCUGGCGGCCCUGGAUCCCCGACCCAACCAUAUUCCCCCGGGAUGAGAUCCCUGACCUCCCAAAAGCGAAGAUCGAAUGAUCAAUCUGCACCGGACGGAGCUGGUCCGGGCGAGAUCCAGAUGCAAAGUUUCCAUGAUGGUGCUCCUCCGCCUCCCCCCGUCUCUCACUCUUGGGCCAAGAUCGACCGCUGGGCGGAGAAGAACUACGAGGAACUUUACGAUCAGCUAGGAGAAGGCUGUACCCUGAACGAUGUCAACGAGCUAGAACACGAGCUGGAUUGCAGCCUCCCUCUCGAGGUGCGAGAGUCCCUACAGAUCCACGAUGGCCAGGAGCGAGGCGGCCUGCCCACCGGCAUCAUUUUCGGCUGCAUGCUUCUCGACUGCGAGGAGAUUGUUCAAGAAUGGAAGAAUUGGCGCACCGUCAACGAGUCGUUUUUCAACAAUAUCCCAUCGCAACCCCCGUCGAAGAGUGGGUCAUCAUCGGCCGGGCCGUCUCACCAGGCCUCCAACCCCAUGUGGAGACAGGAGCUCCUUGAACGACAAGAUUCGCAGCCUCCAGGCGCCGUCCAGAAGGCCUACGCACACCCCGGUUGGAUUCCUCUCGCGCGUGACUGGGGUGGGAACAACAUCGCCGUCGAUCUGGCUCCGGGACCGACUGGGAAAUGGGGCCAGGUUAUCAUCUUUGGACGCGACUACGACUGCAAGUACGUGGUCGCCCGCUCAUGGGCGGCGUUUCUCGCCAUCGUCGCGGACGACAUCACGAGUAACAAGGUCUUCGUGGAUGAAGAAACGGGCGAGCUCAAGUUGAAGGAAUUCCCAAAUCAAAACGUGGAGCCUCCCUAUCUGGAGAUCCUGCGGUGGAGAGUGGAUCAGAAAUACGGUCGACGACCGCCGCGGCGGAAGCCUGCCAACGGCUUGGGUCUCAGUACCGGUCCUGGGAAAGCCCGUGAUUCCCCGUACGGGAGUCCGACCCCCGGUGAGGAACGGGGAAGAUCCCCUCACCGUUUCUCGAAUCGUGGACCGAAUCAGAGCCCCAAGACGCCAUUUGCGAUAUCUAGUCCCCUUGCGCGCGUGACGGAAGAGGCUUCCAGUCCCGUUAAUGCUACAUCUUCUGGAGAUGACAAGGCUCAAGAUUCGGCGACCAAGGAGCCGGAGAAGACGUCGCAGGGCGAUGAUCUUCUCGAAAUGGCAACAUCCGAUGCCCAAGGCAAAGAUAACGGCGACAGUUCGUCCCAGGAAAAGACCCAGGACAAGGUCAAAGAGCAGGAGCAGGAGCAGGAGCAGGAGCCCAAACAGGACGAAGUCGUUUCAGAAAAGGUCGUCGAGAAGGAAGCCAAGCUAGAGUCUUCCACGGGCCUGGAUACGGAGAACUUGGGGGAGAUGAAAACAGUGGCGAUUUGA